UUAGUACAUUUUAGUGUGCGUAAUUUUUUGCCUUGCCAAUAGGGAGACACUGCAAAUACAACCAUUUUUUGGCGUGUGUGUAGCAGCGAGCAAGCAAGCCGCUUGGUUAAUCUUGGUUACAAAAAAAAAAAGCAAGCGAGUCGUGAAACGUAUUAAAAAAGCAGCACACAAACGGCCGGCAUUUCUACAAGAAUUCAACAAUUUUGUGUGUGUAAAUUAUCGCUCAGCAAGUAAGCAGCGCAUUAGCAAAAAAAAAGAAAAAAACAUGUCUGACGAAAAGAAGGGCGGCGAAACCGAACACAUCAAUCUGAAGGUUCUGGGCCAGGAUAAUGCGGUCGUGCAGUUUAAGAUUAAGAAACACACACCAUUGCGCAAACUGAUGAAUGCGUACUGCGACCGUGCCGGACUCUCAAUGCAAGUGGUGCGCUUCCGUUUCGACGGACAGCCCAUCAAUGAGAACGAUACUCCGACCUCGCUGGAGAUGGAGGAAGGCGACACCAUUGAGGUCUAUCAACAGCAAACUGGCGGCGUUGAUGUUUAUUAAAUAUCUAUUUCUAGUAGUUAAGAUAGUUACGCUUCAUUUUUACAAACAAAACAGCAAACAAACAACAACCGCAACAGCAAAACAACAUUUUAUUCUGCAGCAAAAUAAACAGCUAAGACCACAAAAAAAUGUAUCAAUUCUGUUUUGUACACACUGAAAAAGAAACAACAACAAAGACCUAACUAUAUUUGCUAACAAAAGGAAAACAACUGGAAAAUAAAGCAUUUUGUAAACUAUGAUUUAAGUAAUAA